AUGGCGGAAACACCUAAUAACCAUGUCACAACGACGCAGGACACAGGCCUGCGCUUCGACUUUACACCCUCCUCGACCAACUACCACAACCAUCGCCAAAGUCACAAUCCCUCCAAGUUGCCGACCUUUCGCUUCGCUGAUUUGAGAAAGGAGAAGCUGGCGCUCCCGCCGCUGCUUACCCCGGACCAGACCCAGAGCCUGAACCUGAACCUGAACCUGAACCUGAACCAGAGCCAGGACCAGAACCACCCGGUCCCACCGUCAUUUGUCUCACCUGGCACGGAUCCAUCAGCAGAAGCACUCGACGCGACACAGAAGCAAUCCACACCGACGACAGCGCCUCAUAACAACCGCGUUCGUGUCUCACCUGAGCUGUCUUCAGCUGCCAUUGAUGCCGAACCCCCCAACAGCGCUGCCGACGCGUCGCCAGAACCAAGCCCUGACAGGUCUCGGGCAUUGACAUUUCAGACUUCAUCCAAGACAACCACGUCCGCAACGCAUCCCGGCAACCCUAAGCGAUCCACUUCCCUGGACUCGACCCUGGCGCUCGCGAUCGCACGAAAUCCAGCAGCUUCAGAGUCCACAACCACCAUAGUGCCGGCGCGGUCGCAGCAGAGACGCGCGCCCUCCUACAGCGAGUCGACGUCUGCCACCAAGGACGAGCGGCAAUCGCACGACAGCCUGGCCGCAACACCCGUAGACGACGUCACCAAGGAGUGGGCACAGGGCCAGCGGGAACUACUUUUGCCCAAGUCUAUUCAGAGGACGGACUCAAAUGAGAAGAGAAGCUCGGUAGCGAGACGCCCGCCCAUAUCCUUCCGGCCGCCCGCCGCCCCGUCCACCUCUUCAGGCGUCACAGCUUCUAUUCCUCCGAUCCGGUCUUUCAGAUCCUCGGGCGACAGAAAGUCUCUGGGUCUCGACAUGAACCUGCGAUCACCAACUAAUUACGACGACCGGUUCGGUGACCCCAACCACCGCGACCGUACGUUAAGAGCCUUGGAAGGCAGGCAAGACGACGAGCCCUCCCGAUUUACGCCGCCUGACUCUGCCGUGGAUCGUCUAGACGACGACAGCGGAGAUAUAUUUCUCAGGAUGGCACGCGAAGAGCCUGAACCACCAUCUGCAGUGUCGCGGAUCGUCAGAUCCAACCAUCGUCGACCACUCUCCUCCGUUAUCCCUUCCUACCAACCCAUGUCCCCGCCCCAGGUAUCGCGCCGGUUGUCUGACCAGGCAACAGUCAAGUCUAGAACUGCAGGAGAUGAUCAGUCUAGUGAAAGGUUGGCACGUCCCUUCACAUUUCGGGGUGCUACCGGGGACAAGGCUACGGAGGAUACGAAACCCAGAGCCUUCGGCUUGAGAGCGUCACCAUUAACACCUAGGUCCCUGACUUUUCAAGAUGGUACACCGGAGUCAAGUUCUGCCUAUAGCCGUAGGAGGCAGUCCAUUACAGAUGGCGGGUCUGCACUCCCAUCCCGAAUGUCGUCCAUGAAGCAACCCGCCGGGUCUGCGUACAACCAAGGACGCUUGUAUAAUUCAUCCCCCCUGGUUCCCAAGUCAACGGACCCUCCAAAGCCCGAUAACCAUCAGGGUGACCAUCACACGGAGUCUUCGGCCUCGACAGCGGCGCCAUCGACAGUGUGGGACGAGCUGGAGGAUCUGAAAUCACGGAUGCGUCGACUUGAGCUUACGGGCAAGCUACCUCCUACGUCAGGCGCAGCGAUAUCUCACGCCACAGACGAACGACCCCCAACCGCCACGACAAAUGCGACAACCAUGUCCGCCUCCCCUAAGCGCGGUUCUGGGAGCAAUGCGCCGCAAGCUGAUGCAGCCAGCACCGUAUCCUCUGUAACCCAAAAGGAAGGCCAACCUCUACUCCGCUCGGCCAUAACCAAGUCCAGACCGUUCCUAGCCCCUGACGUGUAUAGCGCUUUGGAGUCCGCAGCCAAUGAUGCUAUGAAUUUGUCGACCAUGAUUGGUACCAUUGGGCAACCCGGCCCGGUAUCUAGUGCAGCGAGCAACGUUGGCGGCUCGGCCGUCACUGAUCGACAGCUCAGGCGAAAAGCCGAAAGCAUCUGCCGCAACUUGACGGAGCUGUGCCUGGCUCUCAGCGAGAACGCUGCUCAAAUCAAACCGCAAGAGAGCAGAGCUCCUGCGCCCAAGGAAGAACCCACCAGCCCUACGAUCACAAGGUUCUCUGGUAUCGCUGCGCAACGCCGCCCGAGCGCCGCACUCGUCGAUCGAAGUCCGGCAUCUGCUGCAGUUAGUCCCCGAGCAAUGACCCGACUCGAGGAGAGGCGCAAUAGCAUGCUUCUUUCUAGCGCGCUUCCGAGCCCUAGCACUCGCUUGACUUAUCAAAUGCCGCCCACUCCGACCGAGGGGACAGGUCGUCGGACGUCACUCCUAAUCCCUCGGACGCGGAGAGCCGGGACCGAGGAUCCAGAGGAACAAGCUGGACGGAAGUCGUCUCUGCUGCUCAGAACACGCCGGGCUGGUACGGAGGAACCAGAGGAGGCACCGGGCCGCAGAUCCUCGGCCCUAUUGCGCACCCGCAGGGGAACUGUGGAUCAAGAGGACGAAGACUCAACUUUCCGCUUCAGAGCGCCUUCUCGCGCUGUAACCGAGCUUACCAGCCCCAGGGUCCCAGUUGCGCGCGAUUUCAGGCCCGAAGUUGCUUUGCCGUCUAUUGAGACCACGUCCAUGGGUUCGUCAGCUCUGCCGAGGCGACGGCAGACAACCUCAACCCAAAAUACACGCCUCGUACAGCCGUCUGCUCCGAGCAGUCUCACAGCACGACGGUAUAUCGAGAGAACAACACCAGAUCGAGAGUCCAACACCAACAAUGUUGCCCAGAAAUUGGCAGAAGACCGCGGCCAGCGGCAGUUCACCCUGUCGAAUAACAGCAUGCUGAGCCGCUCGGACAGUCUGAGCAAGCGAACGAAUCGCGACAGCACGUUGACGAAUAGCUCCAUGAUGGCGCAGACGGGGAGCUACCGAUAA